AUGAAGUGCCUUGUUGCUGUUCUGGUCUGUGUGGUGCUCGCAGAGGGGAUGGUCAAGAUCCCCCUGCGGAAGCACAAGUCUAUGCGCGAGGCCCUGAGAGAGAAGGGGAUCGAGGUGCCUUACCAGGAUCCAGCUCUCAAGUACCAGGGCAAUGAGUAUGGCUCUGCCAACAUGUACAUCAACAACUAUGCUGAUACCACCUACUAUGGAGCCAUCAGUAUUGGAACACCCCCCCAGUCCUUCGAGGUGCUGUUUGACACUGGCUCUGCCAACCUGUGGGUAGACUCCAUCUACUGUAACACUCAGGCCUGCAACACACACACAAAGUUCAACCCCCAGCAGUCCUCCACCUUUGUUGCCAAGGACCAGUCCUUCUACCUUCCCUAUGGAGCUGGAAGCCUGUACGGAGUCUUUGGAUAUGACACUGUCAAUGUUGGCGGGAUUGUGAUCACCAACCAGGAGGUUGGUCUGAGCACAAACGAGCCUGGUCAGAACUUUGUGGUGGCCCAGUUUGACGGCAUCCUUGGCCUGUCCUACCCCUCUAUCUCAGCUGGAGGAGAGACCCCUGUCAUGGACAACAUGAUGGCUCAAAACCUGCUAAACGCCAACAUAUUUGCUUUCUACCUGUCUAGGGGAGGACAGCAGGGCAGUGUUCUCUCUUUCGGAGGAGUGGACAACAACCUGUACCAGGGCCAGAUCUACUGGACUCCUGUCACCUCCGAGACCUACUGGCAGAUUGGCGUUCAAGGAUUCCAGGUCAACGGUCAGGAGACCGGCUGGUGCUCUCAGGGCUGCCAGGCCAUUGUGGACACCGGAACCUCCAUGCUGACAGCCCCAAGCCAGUUGAUGGGUAGCAUUAUGCAGUCCAUUGGAGCCCAGCAGAACCAGUAUGGAGCGUACGUGGUGGACUGUGGCCAGGUCAACAACUUGCCAACUCUUAGCUUUGUCAUCAGUGGUGUUACCUUCCCUCUGCCUCCUUCUGCUUACAUCAUGCAGAAUGGAUACCAAUGCUCAGUGGGCAUCAGCCCCACCUAUCUGCCCUCUCGUGAUGGCGAGCCUUUGUGGAUCUUCGGAGACGUGUUCCUCAGAGAGUACUACUCUGUCUAUGACCGCUCUUACAACCGUGUUGGCUUUGCUACUGCUGCCUAA